AUGAACCCAAUCUACGAUACCUACGUUUCCCCUGUUCCUUCAAUCGCUUCUUCUGUUCAACAACGUGACACCUCCAUUUCAGCAACAACAAAAGCGAUCGAUCAACUUGCAUGUCAAUUCAUGACGAAACUCAAUGAGCGUGCGACGGCAUUCGCGAAUGGAGCCAACUUUGAUCUUGCUUUGCGCGAUGCAGCCCUUAUGCGAGUCAUUACUCCAACGUCGUCACUUGGCUACUUGAAAGCAGGCACCAUUUACCAGCAACAAGGACGACAGCAACAAGCAGCAUCAAUGUAUGAAAAAGGACUUGCCAUGGUGCCAUCAUCGGAUGAAUGUUACGCCGACCUCCAAAAGGGACAUGCUGAUGCAGAGAGUGCUGCCAACAACCGUGUCGAUUUCAUUACUCAACUACCUUUGGAGAUUGUCGUAUCAGCCAUCUUGCCUUUGUUAUUUGACGAAUGCAUGGAAGCAGAUACUCCUUGCCCUUAUCUUUAUGUAUCACGCACAUGGCGACAACGUAUGUUGGCAUGCAACAACCUGAGCUUUUAUCACGAGGAGCUGCACGAGGGCCCUCCAGGACACAUGCGUGAGCUGAAACGGUUUUCACACCAUGUGAAGACGUUGUCAAUGGAAUCAGGGUGGAUGGACGUACUUGAGAACUCGCUUUCCAUCUUCGACACAUGCAAAUUCCCCAAUCUCACCAAGUUGACAAUCAAGUACUAUGGUUAUUGGGCAGGCGAUGUUACAUAUGCACUUGAAUCUGUGAGCCAGACUGUGACGGAUUUAUCCCUGCAUACGGAGGAGCAUCAAACGCCUGAUAUUCAUUUGGCUGUUGUACUCGAUCUUUGCCCGCGCCUUGUAUCGUUGAAUCUUACGGCUUGGGACAUUCUCGAUCUCAAUGAGCAAUAUCCAACAUUGACGCAUCUCACCAUGAACAUCUUGUGUGAACGGCUUUCGCAUGAUACGAUGAUCAACCUUCUCUCUCAUCUUCCAUCACUCGUGCUACUUGAUAUUUUCAUCUUCCCUGAGACCCAAUUUCUCACAAGCCUCCGCCAAUAUUGCCCACACAUGAAGCUACUGAUGUGCGGUGGUCACCACAUCUUCCACCAUGACAACUACAAUCGGCAUGUUGAAGGCUUGCAAAAGCUAUGUCUUGGAUCUAUUGUUGACGACGACGAACCAUACGAUGGUAACCAUCUCAUCCCACUACUACGUGAUAACCAUCAAUCUCUCGAACACAUCGUCUUGGUGGGAGGCAUUACAAUGGACGAAGGAGACUUGGAUUCAUCCCUGGAAUUCAAUCGCUUGGAGGAACUUGAGGUUGAUGCCUAUAAUGACGACCUAUCUAUACUCGCCAUAUGGAUCAUCCGUCGAUCAUCACAUCUCCAUCGGGUCAAGAUAUGCAAUCAUGUUGGAAUCAAUGAUGAUGAUUUAUACAAUGCAUUGAAAGGAUUGAAGGAUUUGCGCAUGCUUUCAGCAAGAACGCUCGGACGUCAUUCGACGUGGUUUGGCAAUUUACUUGAAUACCAUGUACAGCUUGGGCAGGAUUCACCAUUGAAGGAGCUAAAGGUUGCCAUGGAUGACCAUGUAUCGACAUUUUCAUGGAUGGAUGCAAUUGCCGGAUUGAGAAGCUUGCAAAAGCUUGUGAUAUCAACAGUCGGAAUCGCAACACCUGCUGCAUACUUUUCCAUUAUUGCAAGGAUUACCAAGAGAUGCCCCUCACUAUCGUACCUUGAGUUGGACUUUGGUCGUAAUCCAGCACCUGAAGGAUUCAUUUCCCAAAUCAAUGAUUGGUCUACGCUCCAAUGCCUCCAUGUCCAUGCUUCAUCAAUCAGUGCCAGAGAUAUCAUUCGCCUGUUGUCGUUUGCCAACCUCAAGAAUGUCAUCAUCGUCGCACCUGUGGAAGACUACCUGAUUCACUUGUUACGAAAGCACAUACCAUAUGUGGAUCAGCAACCUCGUUAA